GUAUCGAUAUCUUUUUAACAUUUCUAUUUAAAUAAAAUAUGUUAAAAAUAAUACUUUGUUUUGUGCAUAUUCUAACAACUCUUAAAGAUUGGGCCUUUUGUUGUUAAUAAAUAAUACAAAACAAAGCGUAACACGCUUUAUGUAGCUUUGAAAUGUUCCUCGAACAUGGACUAUACAUUUGCCGAGCUAAUGACGCGAGAACAGUUGCUAAAUAUUUUAGUGGAGCGUCAACUAAACAUACCCAACAUGAAUGAAAUGGCCAACGAAGAACUCGUCCGCAUCUACAAAUCGUUUGCUUUACCUCUGGCCCGCCGAGAAGUUAAUCGCAGCACAAAAAAUCGUCCGGAAGCAAAUGACUCGCACAAGCAAUCUAGCAACGAACAGAAUCGCCAAAACUACCUUGAAAAUACAGCCUUACCUAUGGAUGUGGAUCAAUCCGUUCAUAAUCAAUUGCCAUGUGAAAGAUCCAGUGAAACCAGCACUAUGUUGUCUGGAAGGAUUAUGGCUUGUGAAAAGAGGUCGCGUGAUUACAAACAGCUAAACCCUCUUACCGAUGAGUUCUUGAGCAUUGCGACAAAACGCAUUAAAAUAGCAUGGACUUAGGUUUAGGUAUAUUGCCUAGAUAUUACAAAAAUUACGGAUGCGAAUGAGAAACUUUUGCUGUAACUGUGCAAAAAGAAACUUUACCUCUUGGUCAAAGUCCUUCACACACAUGCAUAUGGACAUGCUUUAUAAACAUACUGUGUAUGUCGCCUGAAUAUUUGAAUUAUUCAUAUUUUUGGUUAUAGAUAUUAAUCAUUGUGGUAACUGCAAUUGCUUUUGACCUUGUAGUUGUCCUCUAUAUUAUUAAAGGCACUGACAACGGAAAAAGAGUACCUACUAUUGCGAAUAAUCGGCGAACACAUUUUAUACCAUUUGGAAUAAUAAGUUAAUUUCUAUAAAAGUCUUUACAUAUCACAAAUGUAAUGCUUGUACAUUUAUGUUUGUCUGCAAAGGAAAGUGCUAGGUACACGGUUUUAAAGAUUUGAUUGAAAUUAAACAACAGUGACUUUUUUUUUAUUUACUUUUACUUUUUUUCCUAAAAACAAACAAGAAUUUGAAUAAAGAAUUUAAAAAACCGACGUACAAUAUUACCAUAAUUAUAAAUCGUUCUAUUAAUUUGUUUUUAAUUAUUGCCGGGUCGCAUUUUCCAGACAUAAUUGCAAUUUCGUUUCCGGAAUCAUAUAUAAAUAUACAUAUAUAACGUAUUUGAGAGUUCAUUUAUUAGCUUUUUAUGUAGUUGCAAACCACAUGCAUAAUCUUUCAUAAAAACAGUUUUAAGAUACUAUCUAUGAACGUAUGUACGUAUAUAGUUAAUUAAAUAGUAUAGGUUUAAUACGUAAUAAAUUAUUAGGAGAUAACAUAAAGGACUAAGGAUUCGUUUAGCACAUACAUUUGACUGUAUACCUACAUACAUAGGUAUACAUGUACGCUGGUACGUUUUACAAUGUAAACAUUAUUAUUUAUACUUAAAGCAAUUCUUUCUAGAAAAUAAAUGUUUGACUUAUCCACAAAAAAUAAAAAAAAGUUGCUUCACUAUGGUACUAUUCUAAUUGCAAAUUUGC